UUGUGUUAAAGCACGCUGUUUUUUCCUUUCUUUGCUCGUCGGAUCCCCUAAAGCCUCUCGGCCUAUCCUGCUUUGUCUCAGCCAACUGAACGGGCCGAAGCAAAACGAGAAAAAACGCCCUUGGGGCCCCAAGGGGGAAAGGAAAGCCCCUGUUCCGGGAGCGGAUGAGCAGGGACUGCGCUAAGCAAACGCUCUGCACAUUGCUCUCCUCUGUCUUCUGCAUGUGCACUCCUAAUUUUACCCAGUUCCUUUAUACUCCCCCAGUUCCUAAAUACAAGACUUUUUAGAGAUUCCAAUAUGGAUUACAUACAGAGCAAAAUGAGUGAGGUUACACUCUAAAAUAUGUCUAUAUACAUUCCUAUGUAGUCUGUAUUAAAAUUUCUAAAAAGGCUUACAUUUAUAAAACGGAGGGAGCGUAUUUUUUAUAUAUAAAUUUUUAAGUGGACAUGCUGUUUAGUUUUUGAGAUGGUUACUUUGAUGGAGAGAAGCUUCCGGCAAGUGCCCGUACGUCUCUGUUAGGCACGUCUCACCACCUAACGUAUAAGAUGACUUGACCAUGUUUAUUCGCGAAUCAGGGUGGGCGUCAGCUUGAGAGCAUUGCUGACUCGACGGUAUUGACCUUUCCCCUGGCACGUAGAACCGAGCGUACUAGGAAAAAGAAGACAACAUUUUCACUUUGAUUGAAGAGCACGUGCUCGUUUGAAACCACCCAGAAUGUUCCCGACUUGUAAAAUACUUACAAGGAUGUGACAUUUGACACUGCAAUUUUUCAUUUAAAAUUGUGAUUAUUAGUGUCUCGGACAGACUUCAUUUUAUUUUAUUAUCAUUACUAAUUCUUCCAUCCCAAAAUGUAAGUAAAAUUUUAUUAUUUUGUCAAAAAGCCAUCUAUAUAUAAUGCCAGUAGUACAAAGAAACCCAUCAACAAAAGCCUUUAGUCCAAACAAGCUCUGCUAUGAUUGAAGAUGAAUAGAUCGGAAAUUUUCCCACAAAAAAAGAAGAAGAAGAAAAAGCUGGGGUAGGCUAGAGGUGAAAUCUAUAAGAUCUCGCCACCAACUAGUGCAAAGAAACCUAUAAAAUAAAGAAAUUACACUGAAGUCCAUGUGGGCUGAUCUUCUUCCUCUCAAACGGAUUGAUGUCACAUUGCCGGACACCGCUCCAACGCCAGAGCCAACCUAACAUUGUUGAUCAUGAGCGGGAAGUCAUCAAGGCCAUGAUCCUAUCGGAUCAUUGUCUCGAUGAAGAAGUUGUCACAACCGAAAGAGCCACAUGUCCAAGAGCCCGACCUCUCAAUAAUCAAUAAAUCUCGCAAGCCUCAUGCCGGCAUAGGUGGACGCAUCAACUUAGUGUCGAUGCGGCCGAAGGACCCCAACGCCGACAAAUCCUGCAAACCCUAGUCUCAUUAUCCAGAAGGUACGACAGGAAUCUACGCCCAAUAAUCAUCCACAAACAACACCAUCGAGAUGGGAAGGCUCUAGGAAAUAAAAUAAGUCUGAUUUAUUUUACUUUCUUGUUAAACCGACUAUAAGUUUGGUCAGGCUUUUAAAAAAUCCACCUAAAGGCAGAGGCUUAGUGCCUAUAGUCGUCUACAAAUCUGGACGUAAUUUUUAUUGUUGGUGUUUGUUGCACUGCCAUGAUUGAUAAUGAACAGGCUGAAAGUUUUCCCGCAAAAAAGAAAAGAAAAAAGAAAAUUGCAUUCACAAUGCUCCUUCGUGAAGUUCUCACGUUUUUUCGAGUUCCACACAUCAAGAGAGCUGGCUCCAGGUGAGAGUACGCACUACGCCGCGCGCGCGUGUCGUUGGAUGACGUUUGAUAGUGGCUGCAUGCAUGGGUGCAAGAUCGAUCGUGCUAGCGAUAAGCCGUGUCACUCACCAGCCUGUCGACCAGAAAGAGAUCGGAAAGCCUUGGGGGGACGACGGAGUACGUGCGGGGCACACCGCACCGGAUCUCCCGCUGGAACACCACCACCCCUUUACGUUUUAACAAACCCAGAUCCGAGUCAGCAAAGCUCCCCUAGCCAUAGCUAAGCUAACUUCCGACCGAGCUCGAGCCACUCACUGUGCCGCCCCGCCGUGAGCCUUAGCCCUUAAGCUUCUCUCUCCACCCUCCCCGGCAUGGCUAUAUAACACCACCCGCCGCGCGCCGCCAUUUCCCAAUCCAUCCAUCGAAUCCACGUGCUCCAUCGCGUCGUCAGUUAAGGAAGCUUCUGUGGGCCAGCUUUGUGGUUGCAUACUUGCAUAUAUGGACUGUGCGGCGGCGGCGGCGGCGGCGAUCUACCGGCUGCCGGAGGAGUGCGUGGCGCACGCGAUCGCGAUGACGACGCCGGGGGACGCGCUCAGCUCCUCAGCCGUGUCCCCGGCGUUCCGGGCCGCGGCCGACUCCGACGCCGUCUGGGAUCGCUUCCUGCCGCCCGACCAUGCCGCCGUGCUCGCCCGCGCCGACGACGCUGGUGACCACCUUGGGCGCUCCAAGAAGGAGCUCUUCACGCGGCUCUGCAGCCGCCCGGUCCUCCUCGACGGCGCCACCAUGAGCUUCGGGCUGGACAGGCGGAGCGGCGCCAAAUGCUGGAUGCUGUCGGCUAGGGCGCUGAGCAUCGUGUGGGUCGACGACCCGUCCUGCUGGAUAUGGACUGCCGACCUUCCCGGAUCACGGUUUCCGGAGGUGGCCGAGCUUGUGGACGUGUGCUGGCUGGAGAUCACCGGGAAGCUGCAGCUCUCCCUGCUCUCCCCAAGGACCACGUACGCCGCCUACCUCGUCUAUGCCAUCGCCGAUGACUCCUACGGCCUCGAGUGCAACAUCGGAAUCCUGCCGCCCAAGGCCACUGUCACCGUCGUCAUCUCCGGCAACGGUACCAAGCCGACAUCGACCGCCGCGUCCACGUCGACAGAGAACACUAUCUGCCUGCAGCACAUGCAGGGGGAGGAGGAGACGGCGAUGCACCGGCGGAGGCAAGAGUACGUGCGGCCACGGAAGAACUACGGGUGGAAGCUGGUCAGGGAGGCCGACAUGGACAUCAGGUGCCCGCGGCGGAGAGGGGACGACGGGUGGACGGAGGUCGAGCUGGGCGAGUUCGCCGUGGCCGGCGAGGAGGACGGGGUGGUGGAGGUGAGCCUCAAGGAGGUGGAGUGCCGGCGGUGGAAGAGAGGGCUCAUCGUGCAGGGCAUCGAGAUAAGGCCCAAGCACACAAACUCUAAUUGACUCGAUUGGUUUGCUUCGUGAAAAAAAUUGCGUGCGGAUUCUAGAGCAAAUGAUAUAUUAGUGCAGGAACUAAUGCUGAAAAUGAUCAACGGAUCAUAAGUCCGUCGUUUACUACGUGGUUGCAUGCAUGCGCAGAGCACCAAUGUAUGCAUGCAUGCAAAAAGCAUAUGUGUGUGCCGGAUUAAGGCACAUGCAUGUGGACAUGUGUUGGUGCAUGGGACCGGGGUAGUAGAGUUGUUGCCGUAGCCUGUAAAAUUUAAGCAAUUCAUCCUUUUGUUGACCGUUGAACAAAUUAUUUAGAAAUGGUUCAUCUAUUGAUAUGGUAUAUAUUCC